CAAGACCCGUUGCUCAAAGCAGACGUGUCCCUGUUCUUAAGCACGCCAUGGCGUGCUCUUGGCGUUUCAUCGCUGUGUGCUGCCUGCUGCCCGCCUUAAAUGGUGGCCUAAAUGGCUUCCCGUGGGCGGGGUUCUCCCUCUACUACCGCGACAUGGGCUGGGACCUGUGGCGCGCCGGGCUCACCACGUCGCUGGGAUUCGGCCUGCGGAUCUUCACGCAGCAGAUGCAGCUCCACAUCGGGCUCUGGACGGCCUUGCCGCUGUCCCUCGUGCACGUGGCGCUGGCGAUCGCUGCGAUGAUUUAUUCUGAUGUGGAGUGGGUGGUGGCCACAGCUGUUGUGGGCGUCCUCUGUUUGGAUACAACCAUCGCUGUGGAGGGCAUCGCUUUCGACAUUUGGGGGGAGUCCGAAGAAGAUGCCGUGAAGGCCAGCUCGGUGUCGCUGUCCUCUUUCACCGUUCUCUGCGCUUCGGCUGCUACGUUUGCCGGGUUGAUCUACGAUGCCUACAGUUGGUUCGGCCUCACGGUGUACCAUGUGGUCUUCAUCUCCAUCGAGGUGGUUUUGCUCUUCACCGAGCCGGCCUGUUGGCAGUCCCUCCGCGAUUGGUGGAGGCCCAAAGAGGAGCAGGAGGAGGUGGUGACGGCGAUGGACCAGGUGGUGCCAGCGCCCAAGCCGGGCAAGGAGGUCAGCGGCCUGGAUUUGCCCACGUUGCCCGGCGCCGUGGAGGACGAGCCGGCACAAAAGAAGGUCAGCAAGAAGCCGACCCUGGAGACCAAGCGCAGCACCCUGCCGGCGGAUUUCGGCGGGCUGAGGCAGCCUAAGAAGAAGGAGGACGUUUUCUUGGGCAAGACCCGGCCGACGCGCGGCAGCUUGAUGUCCAUGGGUUUGGGACCCUUGGAGAGGCUGAGGCUCAGGAACAGCUUCUUGGCCAGAGCCUCCCAGGUCGAGGCCCAGACCCUGGCGGACUCGGCGGCCCGGAAGGCCCGGCGCUCCCAGGCUACCUCCAACAAAACGGUCGAGAAGCCGCGCGCCGGCAGCAUGGCGGACGUGCCGGCCAGCGCGAAGCGGCUCUUUGCCUCCCACUCCGGGGUCAUGAGCUUCGAGCCCUCGAAAGAUGCCGAGUCGGAGGAAGAGGAGGAGGAAGAGGAGGAGGAGGAGGAGGAGGAGGGCGGCCGGGACAUCGAACAAGAUGAGCAGGUGGGGAAGAAGAAGACGUCGCUGGGGAGGGAGCUGUGGCUGCCGGCGAGUCUGAUCCUGCUGAACAGCUUGAGCAACAACGUCUCCUACGUGAUCGAGUGGUCCACCUUUGCCAUUUUCUUCCGGGAGCAGCACGGAUGGAUGUCAGCCACCUGGGCUGGGCUUGCUCAGACCAGCGGGGACCUGGUGGCUGCCUGCAUGAUGCAGUUUGCGUGCUGCAAGAAUGUCGACGAGGAUGAGAAUGUUGGCUGCGUUCGACGCUUCUUCCGCAACAUCACACGCCAGCCGUACAACCUCUCCUGCCUGCUGGCCUUCUGGGUUCUUUUCAAUGGCGGCAUGAUGGCCCCGAGCCUGGCUCCGGCCGUGGUCUCCCAGAUCUUCAUGGGCACCGUCUAUGUGUACUCCAUGAAGAUGACCACGGACUUGAAUCUCUUCUACUCUCUAGGGGACCCAGGAACCUUCCUCACGCUGCAGGUCUUGGCGAAGAACGCGGAAUCGCUGGGCGCCACCUUUGCGGGGUUUCUGGGAAUGAACUUGUACGAGAUGGUCCACCCACUAGCGCCCUUCAUGUUCAGUACGGUGGUCUCUGCGUUGAUCUUCGUGGCCUACACCUUGGGCUUCUGCAAGCGCGUGGGCUACGGCCUCGACAUCGAGGUGGCGGAGGCCAGGCGCGCACGGCGCCUGGGCUCCAGGCGCAUGAAGAGCUGGCGGAAGUCCACCCGGGAGCUGGGGAGCACCCGGGAGCUGGGGAGGAGCUCGGUAGCGGAAGGCGCCUAGGCGCCUAGGCGGCGGCUGGGCGGCGGCUGGGCGGCGCCCAGUCGGCGGCUUUUUUGAAGCGAGCGGGCGCCACAUUUUUUUGGGGCCUAUGGGCCGUGCCAGCGAAAAAAGGUGGCACGACAUGGGAGGCUUGCAACUUUUCAACAGAAGGCACUUCCCCUGGCCGCCGAAUUGGCGCAUGGCCUUUCGGCAGUUUGCAAGAGUGGCCACCGUUUCCCGAAUGACGAAGCAGCCUUUCGGAUGAGUGGGUGAGUGGUUGUUUUGUGGGGAGAUGUAGGCCCACAAUCAUCUUGAACUUACUCGGAAGAGGAUUCUUCCUUUCAUGCCUGCUUCAGUCGCUGAUUGUUUCGUCGACGUGGGACUCCUCCUUCCUUGCUUGUAAAUAUCACCGUCGUGAAAUCUGAUGGUCGGCCUUUCGUCCAGGUGGUCGUUCUCCAAGGACAUUGACAGCAGGUUGAGCUUCACAUUGCUCUGACUCAGCUUGUCCAUAUGCCACCAGGCACAUGUCCGGACUGCAGCCUGCCUCCUUCCACCUUAUCGUUUGUAAGUCAAGUUCAUGCGGUUCUUAAAGGUCCGUCGUGUACUUUGCCGCC